UUGAAACCAAAUCGCACAUGGGUUUAUUUUGCCGCUAAACUUUAUUGCGCUACAUCUGAUGCUUAUUUAAAAUUUAUUUAUUACUUUGUUCUUUUUUACAAGUAGAGCAUUUCAUUGAAUUAAAAAUUUAUAGUGUUAUUUAUUUUUAUUUAAAUUGCAGAUGAAUAAACUGCAAGGUUUAGUUGCCCUUAUAACUGGGGGAGCCUCAGGUUUUGGUCUGUCUACUGCUGAGAGAUUGAUAACGCAUGGUGUAAAAGUUGUUUUAUGUGAUAUAAACUCUUCUAAAGGGCAAGAAGUAUCAAAAAGAUUUGGUGAAAAUAGUUUAUUUCUUGAAACUGAUGUUACUUCAGAAUCAGAUGUAACUAAGGCAUUAAAUGCUUGCAAAGAUAAGUUCAAAAGAUUGGAUUUCCUUGUGAAUUGUGCUGGCACAAAUGUUUUAUCUAAAACUUACGAUUUUGCUAAUCAUACACCACACAAUUUGGACAAAUUUAGGAAAAUUCUUGAGGUGAAUACUGUUGGUACCUUUAAUACAAUUCGAUUAGCAGCUGGGCUGAUGGCGAAAAAUGAACCAGAUGAUCAUGGCCAAAGAGGUGUUAUAGUUAAUUUAACUAGUAUUGAUGCUUUUGAAGGCAGAGUGGGACAUGUUGCUUUUGCAGCAAGUAGUGGGUGCAUCGCUUCAAUGACAUUACCAAUAGCACGAGACCUCUCAGAUCAAGGAAUACGAUGCUGUGCAAUUGCAACAGGUUUAUUUGAUACACCAUAUUUUCAGUCUUUACCUGAGAAAUACAGGCGAUUUAUUCCUUCAGUUGUGCCUUUUCCCAAAGGCUUAGGAAAUCCUAGUGAAUUUGCACACCUUGUACAAGCAAUAUUAGAGAACAAAAUGUUGAAUGGUGAAGUCUUAAGAUUAGAUGCUGCUUUGAGAUACGAAAUAUGAUUAUGUAGUUGUGUAAAAUAAUUUUAUAAAAUAAUAAAUAAAAUUAGUAAUUGUAUUGCC